UCCUAGAAACUGUCAUGGCUGCGCCCAUGACUAACGAUCAUAGUUGUGUUUUUGCUCUGGCACUCGGAGUCUCCUUUCUUAAAUGUCUUUUGAUAAAUGCCUACUACUCUACUGAUUUUGACGUUCAUAGAAACUGGCUUGCCCUGACUCACAGUCUGCCAAUCUCACAGUGGUAUUAUGAGGCAACAUCUGAGUGGACAUUGGAUUAUCCGCCUCUCUUUGCAUGGUUUGAAUAUGGACUAUCACAUAUUGCCAAAUUGUUUGAUAAGGAGAUGCUGGUUGUUCAGAAUCUGAAUUAUUCAAGUCCAGCCACGGUCCUGUUCCAAAGGCUGUCAGUCAUUGUGGCUGAUGUGGUCUUAUUUUAUGCAGUUAAAGAGUGUUGCAAAUGUUUGCGAGAAGACAAAGGAAAAGACAUUUUAGGGAAACCAUCUUUCAUCCUGGCAGUUUUGUUGCUGUGGAACUUUGGGCUUCUAAUUGUUGACCAUAUUCAUUUCCAAUAUAAUGGCUUUCUGUUUGGUGUUCUUCUUCUGUCAAUAGCGAGACAUUUUCAGGGCAGACACUUGGAGGGGGCCUUGCUGUUUUCCAUCCUUUUAAACCUGAAGCACAUAUAUCUCUACAUUGCACCUGCAUAUGGGAUCUUCCUGCUGAGAUGUUUUUGUUUCACCCAGAACAAUGCAGAUGGGUCUUUGCAGUGGAGAAGUUUCAGUCUUUUACGAUUGGUAGCACUUGGAACAAUUGUUUUGUCUACCUUUGCAGUGUCAUUUGGACCUUUUAUAGCACUGGGUCAGCUUCCACAAGUUCUGUCAAGACUGUUCCCUUUCAAGCGUGGUCUGUGUCAUGCAUACUGGGCACCAAACAUCUGGACACUUUACAAUAUAGCCGAUAAAGCUCUUUCCAUCUUGGGUGUGAAAUUCAAACUGCUUGACAACAACAAACUCCCCAAAGCCUCAAUGACCGGUGGUCUGGUUCAAGAGUUUCAGCACUCUGUGCUCCCUUCAGUCUCUCCUUUAGCAACACUUGUUUGUACGUUACUCUCAAUACUGCCUGCUCUUUUCAGGAUAUGGCAUAGACCUAAUGGAGCUAGAGGAUUCUUGCGGUGUCUUGUCGUUUGUGCCCUUGGAUCAUUUAUGUUUGGUUGGCAUGUACAUGAAAAAGCCAUUCUGAUAGCAAUACUUCCUUUGAGUUUGCUUGCAGUGGAGAAUAGGGAAGAUGCCAGGAUUUUUCUUAUCCUCAGUACAACUGGUCAUUAUUCCUUAUUUCCACUCUUCUUCACAACCCAAGAGUUGCCCAUCAAAAUUUUUCUCAUGAUGCUGUUUACAAUCUUCAGUUUCACCUCACUAAAGAAUCUGUUCAGGAAAGGAGGUGCUUUGGUGAACUCACUGGAAGCAUUAUAUAUCUUGGGCCUGAUUCCCCUGGAGCUCACCUGUGAGUUUGUUUACCCAAUGACUGUCUGGCAGAAGACUUACCCCUUCCUGCCUCUGAUGCUUACCUCAGUUUACUGUGCACUGGGUGUGACAUAUGCCUUCAUCAAACUAUAUAUAUUAUUGCUUACCUGUUCAAACAACACAAACAAAAUUAAAACUCAAUGAAUAAUGUGAUCAUUUACUCAUCUUCAUGUUGUUCCAAACACAUAUGACUUAUUUGGAACACAAAGGGGAAUGUUUGGCAGGAUGUAAGGGACCUAAAGCCUCAGUUCCAAUUAACUUUCAUUUUAUGUAAAAAUAAAUAAAUGAAAGAACCGUGCCAACUUUCUUCAAAAUUUCUCAUCUUGUUCCACAGGGGGAAAAAAUGAUAAAAGUUUGGAACAACAUGAGGCUGAGUAAAUCAUUUUUGGAUGAACUAUCCAUGUUUGAUUUUCAAUGUGUGACCAAAAUGUUUCUUUGAAACGAAAUGAGUGAUUGUAGUUUAUCUCUUGGGAUUUGUUUGGGAAUUGUUUGUGGGAUAUGAGUAUCUUUGUGCUCGGUUAUUUACAAUAUAUUAUGUAGACUAUAGAAACAAAUGUCUAUUUUUCUAAGGUGUUUCAACAAGUUCAUUUGCUCAGUAAACUUGCUUAUACCGGUAACCUACAGACAAUAUUUGUAUGUUAUUUCCAUUAUUGUUUCUUUAAUAUCUUUCUUGGAUAAAACUAAACAGUGGUUUGCUUAACGUUUUAUUUGUAAGGCAACAUAAAUAUUCCAUACCAGACUAAAAAUUACUUGAUUCUUAAAAAGUAGAGGAAGAUAAUCUUAUUUCAGUACUUAAUGCUUACUACCUGAAAAGUGUCUAAAAUGACAAUGAUCAAAAACAGAAGAACUGUUACAGGAGGCAAGUUUACAUGCAUGGUAUGAACAUGUCAUAAUCUCUAGACAGUAAGAAAGCUUCGAACUGAACAUUCCUUGCUUCCAUUAAAAAAAUAACACCAUUUAGAGUCAUCAAAAAUAUUUUGCACUUGCCCUUUUGUGAAGAUACCAACUCAGCCUUAUAAAAAUCAUGAAAGCAUGGCAGUCUGUUCUUAUCGGGGCCCUUAAGUCUAUUUGGUGUGCAUCAAACUUCGGAGUCGGACUGGUGUACACCAGAGGUUAUUUAGCAGAGAUGGGCCACUUCUAUUAAAAUUAAUGGGAGAAAUUGGAACACCCAACGGAAGCCAACAGUCAAUGGAUAAAUAUAUAUAUAAAGGAAAUCUCGCCUUACAGGUAAAAGAGCCAAUCACUUUUUUUAGAUACAGACAUUGUAGGUGCUUUAGCUAUACAAGCUAAUCUGAGGUAAAGAAGUACAAUUUAUGAGACCAGAGUUGUCAGAUUUUACUGCUGAUUUGAAAUAUGUCCUUUGAUUGUAAUCUUGACCAACCGAUUAAGAGAAUUUGGUCUUUUCCCAUUCAAGUAGAUAGGAGCUGCACUAGCAUGACUGGAAAUAGCCUCCCAGGAGAGUUCCAAAGUUGGCCAACAGUGGACUGACUUGCUGACUUUGUGUACACUCACUGAGCACUUUAUUAGGUACACCUGUACACCUACUUAUUCAUGUGAUUAUCUAUUAAGCCAAUCAUGUGGCAGAAAUGCAGUGCAUAACAUCAUGCAUA